AUGAACAGCAACGACCCAACUGUAUUGAUUCGGAUCACCGUCACGGCACGAACUCUUCGGACAAGGACGCUGCUCCUUUGCGAAAACAACACCGGUCGAUCGAAGACGCGAUUCAUCACCAUGCGCGCCAUCGCCAAGAUCGUCCACACCUCCUUCCGGCGGGUCGAGCGCGCUGCCGACUGGCUCACUGGAUGCGCUGGUCCCGUGUUUGUCGCCAUCUGCAUCAUCCUCGUCGCGGGCGGUGUAUGGACCUUUUUCACAACCAUGUUUCUCGAGCUUGCUCCCGUACCCACAGAGCUCGCAAACCUCUUUCACACCUACUCUCCAGCCCACAUCGCUCUCGGCUUGGUACCCACGUUACUCGACUCGACCACAAAAGACCCAAUAGCCACUCUGCGCUUUUUCUUCUGGCUGGCUUUUUGCUUGUACAUUGUAUACAGCAUCGGCUGGCACUACUACAUGGCGUGCACUGUCCCGCCUGGCUCGGUAUGCGAUGGACUGGGAGACGUUUUCCCGGAACGCAGGAGCGGUCCCGGAAGCAACAUCUGGUGGGCCAGGUACAGAGCUAGAGCAGCAACAGCAUCGGGCCCAAAAGAGAACGGACUCAAGAGCGAUUCGCCACAUGUGAUAGCUCAUGGCCAACCCGAAGCUGCUGCUCCCGUUCGAGUCUCGUCGGUAGCCGACCUUAGGAAACUCAACAAAGCGCUAGAUGGGCUGGACAGCAACAGGGCGAGAUCCGCAUCCGUCACAGUUGGCUCUCGUUCUUCGUCUGGUGUCAGUGUCCCGUUCGUUCCGUCGCAUCGUUCUUCCAACAGCAGCGAGGCAGGCACGCCCCGCAUCUGGCCGAAAAGCGACUUGCCACUGUCAAUUCACGACCUCAACCCCAGUCUCGUCUCUACGCCAGCUCCACUCGACAGUGAGCCAUCGGCAAACCCACUCUUUGUCCGAGCUGCUGCGCGCCAGAGUCAGGAUGGCCACGUACGCGACACUGCCCUUCCCGAACGACAGACAGAAUGCCACGACGAGAUGGAUCAUGACGACGACGACGACGAAGACCUCUUCCCGCUCGCUGGCAUGUGCCACAAAUGCCCCAAGAUCCCGCUCGUGAAAGCGCUCACCGUGCUUCCACCCGAACUGCGCAAAAUCGAAAAGCAGAUCCGUACCAACAAGCCCUCGCAAACAUUCAACCCGAAACUCUCUGCCGACGACGUCGACGAAGGCGAGGCGGAGGUGCAGCGCUGGCUAGGCGACGAGGCAUCCAUCAAGCUCGUGGCGCCUCCGAAACCCGAGCGAUCGCACCACUGUCGAGCGUGCAAGACGUGUGCGCUCAAGUUCGACCACCAUUGCCCCUGGCUGAAUCAGUGCGUCGGGCUGGGCAACGAGCGGUACUUUGUGCUGUUCAUGGCGUGGCUCAGCUUCGGCUGCUCGAUCGUGGUGUGGUCCGGUGUUGGCGUCAUGAAGCAAUCGCUCAGCUGGAACGGCAAGUGGGAUUACCCGUACACGCCGAGGGUGUUGGUCAUGCUGCUGUUCAUUCUGGCGCUGGUCAUGGGAGCAGCGCUUGCAGUGAUGGCCGGUUGGCAGCUCAUCCUCGUCUCGAGGGGCGAGACGAGCGUCGAAUCGCAGGACAACACGCACUACAGAGAGUUGGCCGAGAAACGUGGACAGCAAUUUGUCAAUGUGUACGAUGUCGGAAGAUGGAGGAACCUCGAGCUGUUUUUCAAUGUCGGUGAGGGUUCGCCGUACGCGUGGUACACGGUGCUGUUGCCAAUGAGGGUGCCGCCGUAUUCGGAUGGCUGGCAUUUCGCCAAGCGGAGGGGGCUCGGUGGCAAACACGCGGGUAUCGAGCUGCAGGAACAGUUGACCGACGAAGAGUUUGACGACGAGCAUUACGAGAACGGUGCUGCAGCGAAGCAUGUCAAGAUACCCGCUUCGUGA